UCUAUAACAAAAAGUCUCACUUGUGUUCUAGUAAGUGUGUGUUAAGGGUCCCGAAAAGCCGGGAAAAAAUGGCGGCACCCAGAGGCAGGGACGACGAGAGGAAAAUACUCCAAAAAAACUGGGAGGGAGGUGGGUUCGAGUCUUCCAGCGACGCCGCCACUCUCUACUCCAGCAAAUACACCUCCACGAAUUCCACGGAUACUCCGACCCUGGAUGGUGGGUCAUCACCGUCCUCAUCCUCAUCCAGCGGCAAGAGCCGUCACAAAAACGUAAACAGCAGAACUAGCUGGGGGAGCGCGGAUACUUGUGGCUCCCCCCAUCGUCGGGAUACGUGGGGCUCCCCCCAUCACGUCAAGGCGGCGGCCAAGGUGAACGGGCUCGAGCCCCGACCCUGCUCAAAGAUUCUGCUGUGGAUAUUCGCGUGCUUCGCGCUGUCGUUGGUGGCGCUGAUGGCGGUGUUCGUGGUGUGGACGCUCAUGUCCUACCACAGCACCAUCUCCGGACUGGAGGCGCGGAUACAGCGCCUGGAGGAGGCGAACGGGGAUUACAGGGAUAGGAUAGAACUCGUGGUCAACAGGAGGGUGGACGAGCUUCUGGCCAAGGUGAGAGAGAGAGAGAGA